UAAGACUUUGCCUUACGCAUGAACUCGAUUUCUUCACUUCAAUUUGGGAUUUCUGGCUUAUACUUUUUCAAUUAUUUAUGUCUUCUUUAAUGGUGUUUUAAAAUAAAAGUUUCAUCACUGAUUGCUCUCUGUUAUGGGAAAUUGCAAGUAGAGACAUGCCUUCAAAUUCAUACGAAUUAAAGUUAAAUAAUUACAGUGAUAGUAAUAGAAAACUAUCCCCAAGUAUUUCAAGAUCAAGAUCUUCGACUGUUAGCUCGUCAGUGAACACUGAAUCGACGGGUGCUCAAGUUGAAUCCUCCAGUCAUGCAAUUGUGAACUCUUCUUUGUCAAAAAGUGAAGACUUUCAAUGGAAUAAGUUUUGGAUAAGAUGGGGGCGUUUACGAAGAAUUUCGCUGCAAUUGGAAACCUCGGAAUCGGGACAGAAUUCACCUUUAGGAACUGGUACUUGUAUAACCCAUUCUGGAAAUUUAUUAGCGGUGGGGACUUCCAGCGGAUGUGUUCUUUUGAAUAAUCUAAGAAAUAAUACAUCAAAUACGCUUGUACCCGAACUUUCUAGUUCUGAGAGGUUUUUGAUGCCUGUAACUUGUCUUGCAAUCUCACAUACUCAUAGAGUACUUUGUCAAGGGCACGGGGAUGGGACCCUGUUUGUAUGGGAUCUGACUCAGAAUCCUCCCGUCCAACGACAUGCUAUUCGUCAACCUUUUCAGGAAUCUGUUUUAACGCAUUUGGUGUUCAACGGACUUUCUGACAAUGUUCUCUUAUCGGCAAGUGCUUCUGGAAAAGUUUUUGUUCAUGAAUUUUAUAAUUUUCUAAUAAAUAAGCAUCAUACAGCUUGGGAAUACGACUUUCCAGACGUUCAACCUACUUUUAUUGAUCGUUUGGUCGUCGAUGUUUCAAGCAUUUCUUUUGAAGAAUUAUAUCUAACAUCAGUGAAACAUACUUCGUUUAUCUUUCUCCAAUCGCUUUCCUGUCUUCGAAUCAUUUCCCUUUUUCCCAAAUUGUCGUUAGUUUAUAAACUUAGGUACUCCGAUGUUCAGGCUAAUUCUGCCUGCCACGCUGUUUCUUCUUUCGUUGUACCUACCUCUGGAUCGAGAUCCAGGACGCGAGCUUUCUUCUGCCUUGGCUACGAUUGUCAUGUACGCGUAUAUGCAUUAACCUUACACCAAGGAGUGUUAUCGGUAGAGCUACUAAACAAAACAGAUUUUAGUACUCCCGUAUGGAAGGUUUGGUAUCUUCCUAAUAAUAAUGUUAUCUUUGCUCUGUUGAAGGAUAAGAGAAUACUAUUUAUGAACGGCAUUACUUUAAACAUCUUGGGUGUAUCUUCUAUUUCCGAGUAUGAACUUCUUACCUGGGAUUGGUAUCAGUCUGCGUUGACGAUGCAAGGAAUUUCUCUAGGCGUCUUUCCGUAUAUUAGUUCGAGCUUUUCUUUAUCUCCUAGAUACUUAUUUUUUCUUACCCCUGAAUCGGUCACUGUAGGUACAUUUAUUUCACUCAAUGAUCAACUACAGUUUGCAUCUGAAAAAAUAAAUAUAAUGGAUACGCUUAAGUUAGGACUCUGUUAUCAUGCGAAUUCAAAUCUAUUUAGCAAAUCUUACAACCAACCGGAUUUGAGCCAUAAGUUAAUGGAUUUGCUGAAGAAUUACAUUCGAAUAUUGGUACAAAGCUUCCCUUCCUCACGGUCCGUAGAAUCAUCUAGCACUGAUCCUCUUGUACCACAAGAUGAAUUAGAACAAUUAUUGCAGCGUGCUGAAAAUAUGAAUCCAGGUUGUUAUAAUCUCGUCCUUUAUUGUUUGAGAGCUGCCAACUUCUUAAAUGGUUUACAGUCAUUAUUAGACUAUAUUCUACCUUGCUUAGCUGAAACAGAAGUGUCUUAUAUUUUUAUGGAAGCAUUACUGGAUAUGGUACUUCAACAGAACUUUAAAGCACCUUCUCCUGAUAUACAGAAAUUAUUGUUAUUAUAUCUAGAAGAAAACAGGCGGCUAGCUUAUGCUGACAAAUUAAUACCGGCAAUUGAACAUCGAUAUUUAGACCUCGAUUUCUCAACCAGAUUUUCUACUUAUAACGGAUUAUUUAAUUCACUGUGUUAUGUUUCGAUUUAUGCAUUCAAUGAUUACUCAACGCCUCUUGUUAAAUUUCUUAAAUUAUUAGUUGCAGAUCUAAAUGAUUCGUCUGAAUGGAUUGAGUAUUGUGUGAAUAAUGGCUUUCAAUAUUUAUUAAACUCUCUCACUGGCUUUAAGUAUCCUCUAUGUGAGCCUAACAGUGUGAAUGAGGCGUACACUGUCACGCAUACUCUUUUAAAGAUAAUCUUCUCCGUCAACAUUUUACCAUUCAAAAUAUCGGUUCCCGAAUCUGGGUCUUUUCCUUAUCUUCGUCUCUUUUUGAAAAAGAGAGCAAGCUCAUUUUUUGAGUGCCUAGAGAAUGCCUUUGACUCUCCUUAUUUUUCUUUAGACAAGGUAACCAUUGCUAAACAGCCCGUUGAUACUGUCAGUCGUCAAUGGAUGAUCGAGUGUCUAUCGCAAAUAUUUAAUACAACCAGUUUUCAAUCCGACAGCUAUUACACCUUCCUUGCGAAUACAGUUGCUAAAUACUCCAAGCAGAUUUUACUCCCACAAUCUUUUUACUUAAAAAUCAUGGAAGGGUUAUGUAAUGUUGAAAGAUAUCAUAUUGACAACCAGGGAAUUCAGAAAGCUGUAGAAAACUUACUUUCGGUUUACGAUCCACCAAACAUUGAGGCACUGUUAAACUGCUUCUGGGAUAACCAUUUUUAUCAUGCUAUCAUGACCGUGAGUUUUAAUCAUAGCUUUUAUGAUUCCUACUUCCAAGCAAUAUUGGCUCUGUGGGAUCAAAAAGAUUCUUCUUCGUUAAUUUUCAAGUCCUCCGAAGCUUUAAUUACUAUGUUAUUUGACAACUUGAGAAAUCUAAAUUCCACACCUGUCUGCUAUAAUAAAUACAUCAAGUGUCUAAUAAGUUUUACAAUGGACUUCUUAAAUGUCGAUAAAGUUACAUUUUUAAGACUAGCCUCAUCUCGGUUAAAAAAAUCACUUCCUAAGAUGAUCGAAAAAUGCAUGUCUGCUAAAUCCGUUCAAUUGCAAGUAUUAGGAAUUUUAUAUAAUCUUUCUACCUAUGAGGAAUUACUUAAAUGGUUUGGUCGUCGUCGUUUGCUAUCUUUUUUCGAAAUAGUAUGUGCUACUUCUGGGGACUAUGCUGUCCUUAAAUUAUUGCAAGUCUCUCCGGAAUUUAAAAACUUGGAAGGAUUGAUAAAUAUUUUGAUAUAUUACAAUUGCUUAGAGGCAAGCAUCCAAAUGUAUCGGGAACUAAAACAUUACAAUCAAGCUUUAUCUCAAGUUCUAAAAUAUGUUCGGACCAGAGUUUUCUUUGAAUCAAUAAAUGGCGUGAAGAAAGUUGUACCUAAAAACUUGGAACGUGUAACUUACUAUCUUCAGAUUGUCGUGCCUUUAUACCAAGCGUGCCUAAGUUGUCUUCCGCCAGAAGAAGCAGCUAAUCUCUGGGUACACCUUGUUUUCAGCUUGAUAGAUGUUUAUGCAAAUUUAUCUCGUAACUGCUCUCAAAGUACUCCUGACGUCUUGAUGUCCUUUGAAGAUUCUGUAUUGGGCUGCAUUGAGGGUUUGUUAAAUUCUUUUCUUGAACUGGUACAGUCGGACAAAAAUUUAUUAAACAUUGUGGUUUUGAAGAUUUGUACAAAAUCCUCUGAAAGUCGCGAAUGUAAUACUUAUAUGCGAGAUCUGUUGCUGAAAUUUAUGACUGACGUCCAUGUGAGCUGCGAUAUAUAUCGAGAGUGCGCUUCACUUUGGGAUAGAAAGCAAUUUUAUGAUACAAAAAGUUCUUUAAGCGAAAGUACAGUGGGAGUACUAAUAGAUGAGCCGGAUAAAAGCAAAGAAAUUGCUAUGAAAAAAGAAAGGAUAAAAGUUUUACUCUCAGGGCAAGUUCUUCCAACUAGUAACGAGUAAGCAUGCAGCAAUGAUCGGGACUUUUGAUACAAUACCUGAUAAUGUAUCAAUAAUGAAUACAUGACCUUGCUUCUUUUUCUUUUUUAUGGUUUUUUACUAGUAGAAUAAUAUUUUCCUGUAGUGUUCAACAUGUGACUUAUAUUAAAUGCAAAAUGUAGGGUUCGUUAUUUAUGAGCAAUUAAAUAAGGAUAAUAUGAAUGGAGGGUAGCAGCUUUCUUUCUUUUUUAUUUACUUUACUUUAUUUUAUUUUUUAGCCGCAGUAAAAUAUCC